ACCUUCGCGCUCUCUUCCACCUCAGAGAGCAAGGGCAAUUGCGCCCUCAUCCUUCCUGCCACCUUCGCGACGCAGAGUGUGUAUAGUCCCAACCGCCUGGCCGGCCCCACCCCUCCUCCUUCACCCUCGCACCUCCGCGCGCACCUAUCUCUACGGUUGCAGCACAUUUACGCACAUUUUGCCAUUGUUUACUAGCCAGCCCACCGCAACGACCGACUCUUGACACCUCGCAAUUGCACACGCAGCCAUGGCCACGACACCAAGAACACAGGAUGUCUACCUUCUGCCAUUGGCAGACAACGGGGCUCCCAAAGUAGACGGCCAGUACAUACUACUGCCGCCUCCGAACAAGGACAGCCCGUACCACGUCUGCUUCGAGGUACAGGGCACCAGCUCAAUAUGUCGCGAGGGUAGCCUGUGGGUGAACAUCCCCGCCAAGGGCGAGAAGUUCCAGCGUGACCACUACCGCGAGUACAAACUGGAUCCAGACUUCAAUGGCACCAUCAAGCACGACAUCCCCAUCUACGAGGCCAAUGCCUACUCCUUUUACACCACCUACACGCCGCUGCCACAAUGGUCCUUUACCGACGUCGCGCCGACGAAGCCUACCCGCACACCAACAUACUACAUUGAUGUCUGCCCACGGCUUACGCUCCAUGGCGAACAAGUUCCCAUUGAGUCGAUCUCGCUGUUCACCUGCCUCUCCAAGUUCAUGGGCAGCUAUCCCACGGACUGGAACAACCAUCUGCGCGGCAUUAGCGAGCGUGGGUACAACAUGGUACAUUUCACACCCCUGAACAUUCGAGGUGAUUCAAAUUCGCCAUACAGCAUAUACGACCAACACCACUUUGACCCUGCCAUGUUUCCAAACGGGGAGAAGGACAUUGCGUCCCUUGUGCAAAAGAUGCACAAGGAUUACAACUUGCUGGCCAUGACUGACGUGGUCUGGAAUCACACCGCCAACAAUAGCAAGUGGCUUGAGGAGCAUCCCGAGUCGGGCUACAACGUGGACACGGCGCCCUGGCUUCGGCCUGCACUUGACCUGGACACGGCGCUUCUCAAGUAUAGCCGUGAGCUGCCUUCACUUGGUCUGCCCACAAAGAUCAGUAGCCAAGACGAUCUGUUACGAAUCAUGGACGGUGUGAAGUCACGCGUGCUCGGAGAGACCAAGCUUUGGCAGUACUACGUUGUUGACAAGGAGACUGCCGCAACAUCCGUAGUACAAUCUUGGACUGCUGGACAGGUCAAGUUCCCAGAUGACAGCUUUAGAGAGGCUGGUUUACGCGGCCUUGAUGCUGUGAAGAAAUGGUCGUUGAAAAAGAAGGCCGAUUGGAUCGUUGAUCAUGCCUUACUGGGCGGCGACAGACUUGGUGAACGCUACCGCCGUUCUGUUGAUGCAGAUUCAGGCGCCGCACUGCUCACUGCCCUCUUCGGCCGCUACGAUACCAGGACAAGCGAUGCUCCAGACGAGAGCGCGGCGAACGAAGCAAUCCGUCAGAUCAUCGACGAGCUGAAUCUUCAUUUCUAUCGCGAGUACGACGCAGAUGCCGCUGAAAUAAUGGAGCAACUCUACAACCGCAUCAAGUACUGCCGCUUGGACGAGCAUGGUCCCAAAAUGGGCGAAAUCACCGACAACAGUCCACUCAUCGAGCCAUACUUCACGCGCCUACCUCUCAAUGAAACCACGAAAAAGCACGAUCCGGAAGCACUUGCCCUCGUCAAUAAUGGCUGGGUCUGGGCUGCCGAUGCAAUGAGAGACAAUGCUGGUCCCAAGUCCAGGGCAUAUUUGAGGCGAGAGGUUAUUGUAUGGGGCGACUGUGUAAAGCUCCGUUACGGCAAUGGCCCGGAAGACAAUCCCUACCUCUGGGAGCACAUGGCGAAGUACACCAGGUUGAUGGCCAAGUAUUUCCAGGGGUUCCGGAUCGAUAAUUGUCACUCAACUCCUAUUCAUCUCGCUAGCUACAUGCUCGAUCAAGCUCGUACGGUCAACCCUAAUCUCUUCUGCGUUGCUGAGCUCUUUUCUGGAUCCGAAGAGAUGGACUUCAAGUUCGUGAAAGAGCUUGGUAUACAUGCACUUAUCCGAGAAUGCAUGCAGGCAUGGAGCACGCAAGAACUGAGCCGAUUGGUACAUCGUCACGGUGGCGUUCCCAUUGGCAGUUUCGAUACGGACGAGGUAAUGAAUGCCGAUACUUCCGCGACUACCAUGACUCCAGACGGCGCUCGCCGCAUUGUGAAGAAGAUCAAAAAGAGCCCAGUCCACGCCUUGUUCAUGGACUGCACGCACGACAACGAGACGCCUGCGCAGAAGCGCGAUGCACGCGACACGUUGUCCAGUGCCGCUCUGGUGGCCAUGUGCGCGUGUGCUACGGGUAGUGUGUUCGGUUUCGACGAAGUCUAUCCCGAGCUCAUCGAACUGGUCCACGAGAAGAGACUAUACGCAUCAGACAACUCCACUGGUGAGAUAAUCAAGGCACAAGCUGGUGAGGGUGGAAUCGGCGGCAUCCGGAAGAUCUUGAACAAGGUCCAUGUGGAGAUGGGCAAGAAAGAGUACACUGAGACUUACAUUCAUCACGACAAAGAGUAUAUCACCGUCCACCGCGUCAACCCUCGGACAAGGAAAGGGUAUUUCUUGAUCGCCCACACGGCAUUCCCUGGAUAUGGCAACGGAAACGGUGGGUUCGGGCCCACGAACCUACCCGGCACUCAAGCGAAGCUGAUUGGUGCCUGGAACCUUGAGGUUGACAACAGCGCCGAAACUCGGAAGGCUGUUAUCGGUGACAAGGUACUCCGUGGUCUCCCCAGUCGGACCAAGGAUGUACAAGGCGUUGUAGUGGAAUCGGCCGGAGAUGCGUCCACAAUCCGCAUCCCUGACAACUUCCCGCCUGGAAGUAUUGCGCUUUUUGAAACCUCGGUCCCUUCUGCAGAGCAUGACGAUGGCCUUGAUAAAUUCGUUACAUCUGGGGCGCAAGAAGCGUUCAGCAAAUGUGACCUUGCAGAUCUCAACCACAUCUUGUACCGUUGUGAUCAAGAGGAGCGAGAUGCUUCCGACAACAAAGACGGCACCUACGACAUUCCCGGACAUGGGCCACUGGUAUAUGCCGGUCUCCAAGGUUGGUGGAGUGUAUUACGCACUGUUGUUGACGAGAACAAUCUUGGUCACCCCAUCUGUAACCACCUUCGAGAGGGACAGUGGGCAUUGGAUUACUGUGUCGGCCGGCUGAAGCGUCUUGCGGCGAAAGAACAAUACCGCGGCAUCGUAGGACCCGCGACGUGGCUCGAGGAGCGCUGUGACAGGAUCCGCCAGAUUCCUAGCUUCCUUUUGCCGAGAUCAUUCGCUAUGAUUAUGCAGACCGCGUACAAUGCCGCCGUAGAUCGAGCCGUCGAACUGAUGGGCGAUAAGGUUCGCAAUGGCCCAGCGUUCCUGCGCAGCCUUUCGUUGGUCAGCCUUCAGAUGACGGGCCUCAUGAACACUACGUCGCUCUGGCCCGAGAAGAGCGUUCCUAGUAUGGCCGCCGGUCUUCCCCAUUUUGCGUACGACUGGGCGCGGUGCUGGGGUCGCGAUAUUUGUAUUUCUGCCCGCGGUCUACUCAUGGGAACCGGCCGUUACAAUGAUGCCAGAGAGCACAUUCUAGCUUUCGCCAGUGUUGUCAAGCACGGCAUGAUCCCGAAUCUUUUAAGCAGUGGGAAAUUGCCUCGUUACAACUCUAGAGAUUCAGUGUGGUGGUUCACGCAGAAUGUACAGGAUUACACCAAGAUCGUCCCAAGUGGCCUUGAGCUGCUUCAGGACAAGGCACCGAGACGUUUCCUUCCCUAUGACGAUACUUGGUUUCCCUACAAUGACGAGCGCGCUUACUCGCAGUCGUCCACAGUAGAGGAUGUAAUCCAGGAAAUACUGCAACGCCACGCCACUGGCCUUGACUUCCGGGAGUACGACGCUGGCCCGAACAUCGACAGCCAAAUGAGAGACGAGGGCUUCAACAUCAAGGUACAAACCGAUUGGGAGACAGGGCUGAUAUUCGGUGGAAACCAAUGGAACUGCGGUACAUGGAUGGACAAGAUGGGUGAAAGUGAGAAAGCUGGCAGCAAAGGUGUACCUGGCACGCCACGUGACGGUGCGCCUGUCGAGAUCAUCGGCCUUUUGUACAGCUGCCUCAACUGGGUGGCAAACCUGCACGACCAAGGCAAGUACAAAUACGAAGGCGUGACGCUCGAGGGCGGCAAGAAGGCCAUCUCGUUCCGCGCAUGGGCCGACAAGAUCAAGGCCAAUUUCGAGCGCACUUUCUACAUCCCACGCACGCAUGAAGAGGACGCCAACUACGAUGUCAAUCCGAAGAUCAUAAACCGUCGCGGCAUCUACAAAGACACAUACCGCGGCGGCAAGGAGUACGAGGACUACCAGCUCCGUCCAAACUUCAGCAUAGCUAUGACGGUAGCGCCCGAGCUUUUCGAUCCUGACCAUGCCCUCUACGCUUUGGAAGUCGCGGACAAGAAUCUUCUCGGCCCAGUCGGCAUGAAAACGCUUGACCCCUCGGACUACAACUACCGCCCCUUCUACAUCAACAGCGAGGAUUCGACCGACUUCCACACAUCCAAGGGUCGUAACUACCACCAGGGUCCCGAAUGGGGGUGGCCUCUGGGAUUCCAUUGCCGUGCCCUGCUUAAAUUUGAUUUGCAGCGGAGAAAGACACCCGAGGAUCGCGUCGAGAGUUACCAGCAGGUCACGAGGAGGAUGGCGGGUAUGAUGCGACAGAUAGAGGAGAGUCCAUGGGCAGGGCUUACAGAACUGAGCCAGAAGGAUGGAGCAUUCUGCGGUGAUAGCUGUCCGACGCAAGCCUGGUCUGCUAGUUGCUUGAUCGAUGUCUUCCAGGACGCUUGGGAGUAUGAGAGGGGCGAAGACUUAGCUUAGGUCGUUUGGGAGCUAUGGUGUGAUUGUAACUGAUGUUUGAGAGUCGCUCGUGGUGGGCUGGCUUUGGCUGCACGGAUGAUUGCUGCAUACAUAGAGUAGACACCUACAAACAGCAGAUAUUUCCGGUCUUCAGAGCAG